AUGACGUCUAAUCCCCAAAUCAGCACACUGCUCGAGGAGAUAUCAAGAGUCUGUUUCAUGAUUACUGCUAGACAGGUGUCUAGAAGUUCCAAUGUCAAACGCAAGAUCGAAGGCGGCGUUUUUCAGAUUGAAAUCACAAUACCCGCUGGAUACCCAUUUGAACCCCCGAAGAUGAAGUUUACAACCAAAGUCUGGCACCCAAACAUCAGCAGCCAAAGUGGGGCUAUUUGCCUGGACAUCUUGAAAGAUCAGUGGAGCCCAGCGCUGACUCUGAAGACUGCACUGCUUUCUGUGCAAGCACUUCUUUCUGCUCCUCAGCCUGAUGAUCCUCAAGAUGCUGUUGUGGCACAGCAGUACCUCAAAGACUAUCAGACAUUUGUCAAUACUGCUCGCUACUGGACAGAAAGUCUUGCCAAGACAUCAUCUCGUGGAAUCAAAGAGGAAGUUCAGAAGCAAAUUGAUGCG